GAGCACACGUAAUCCUUUCCUUGUUCCGGUGCGGUGCGCGGAGAUUUAUCUCUCUCUCUCUCUCCCCUCUCUCUCUCUCUCUCUCUUGUUUCGCGCGCCAAAAGGUCCGCUUCUGCCGAAGCGCUCUUGAAGCGGCGAGGGUCCGGCCAGCCAUUUCGCCAGAGACGGAGGCAUCUCUUUCUGUAUCUGCCCGGACAUUCACCGUAAUUGGAGGUUAAAUUCUCUGAAAAAUGGCUUUAUCCGGCUCUGGUGGAAUAUCUUGGGAUGAAAGUGACGAUGAGGAGUGGUCGGAAGAGCUCGAUAGCAUUCCGUUGAUGAGACGGCGAGAGAUGCUUCUCGCUGCUAGGCGCCUUUCAGGUGUUCCUGAGAUUGAAUUUUCUGGUGGAAUACCUGAGACUGAAUCUGACGGCGAGGAGUGGUCGGAAGAGCUCGAUUGCAUUCCCUUGAUGAAACGGAGAGAGAUGCUUCUCGCUGCUAGGCGCCCUUCCAGUGUUGCUGACAUUGAAUCUCAGAAAGAGAGUCAAAAUGCCUCCAUACCCUUGGCUGCUGUACGUGUACCAGUUAAGAAGGACAACCAACACUCUGAUUGGGAGGAACAGAGGAAUAAGUCAUUGUUACUGGGACAAAGUUAUCCCGUAAAAUAUGCAGGCAUACUUGGAGAAUACAAUUGCCAGGGGACUGAAGUGAAUAAGCAUGCGAGCUCAUAUGAAAAAAAAGGUGAUGAAAUUAGUGUCAAUGCCAUUUUGGCAGAGAAGGAAGAUGCCUUAUCAAACUCUUUGCUCCAGUGUUCCAUGAUGCCCAAGUAUCCUGUCAAAGUAGAGGUUGAUUUUGCAGAUAACUCCUCAUCAAGUUUGUUAGUAGAUGGGGUGGAGGUCCCUUUAUAUAAUAAUGUGCAAGCAGGUGAGAUAAAAACUGAGAUUGCUGAUGACUUUAUGGAUCAUCCUGACCGUGUUGUAUUGAAAGACCAGCAAAGGUUGCUGCUAUUGAGGAAUUCUAUGGCAUUGGCUGAACCAUCAGUGGAGGUUAAUUGUUCAGGGUCAGUUAACCCGGUUGUCAGCAUGAUUCAACACCAUCUUGAUACAGACAAGAAAGAAAAUGAUUCUGCUGAUGCAGAAUCCUCAGUUGUCAGAAGCAAUAGACACUGCGUGUUUGAAUCAUCUGAUGGACAGGAUUUUAUGUCUGGUAAUCCUGGUAGCACUUUUAGUUCAGCAUUACCAUCAAUGUCUGCAAAUAUCAAAGAUGAACUGUUGGAUUACUGUGACUUGCAUAGUCUGGACAAAAAUGGUGCGUGUGACUUCCCCUUAAAUAACAUUAUAUCAGUGAAGAGUGGGAAGGAAAGCCAUGAAGAUGAAGACAAGCUGGACCACAUGUUACUGAUAGACCGCAUUAAAAUGCUGGCCAUGAGGAAGGACUCUAUUUUACAUAAUUCAAACAAAACUGAGUCCUUGAAGGAAACUGUGCCUCCUAUCUUAAAUUGUAAUCCUAUUGUAUCAGAAUCCACUAAGCCUUCAAGAGUCAAUCAUCCACGGAAGAGGAGAAAAACUGUCACUGAUUCAGUUGAAAAAGCUCUUGAAGAAGAUGCUCCUGGGCUUCUUCAGGCAUUACUUGACAAGGGGGUAUUCCCCAAUGAAAUCAAGCUUUAUGCAGAGACUGAAAGCCAAGAAGCCAUUGAUGAUUCAACUAGUAAAGACAGCUUUUCUGAGCUUGAAGCUGUGAUAUCGAAGCUUUCUUCUCUGCGUCAAACUUUUUUGAAGUUUGCUCCACUACGGUUCACAAAGGGUGAGAAGAAUAGUUAUUGCUUGGCCUGUCUACUAUCCCUUAUCGAGCAAGCGAGAUACCUGCGAUUCCGGAAUUGGCCUGUUGAUUGGUGUUGGUGCCGUGACCUCCGAUCAUUUAUAUUUGUGUUUGAAAGACAUAACAGAAUAGUGCUGGAACGCCCUGAAUAUGGCUAUGCAACUUACUUCUUUGAGUUGGUAGAUUCCCCACCCAUUGACUGGCAGAUCAAGCGGUUGGUGACUGCAAUGAAGCUCACUACCUGUAGCAGGAGCACCCUAAUUGAGAAUAAAACACUAUUGCAAUUGGGUAGGUUGUCAUUUGGGUCACAAAGGAGCAGUGACCUCAGAAGUUGCAACAGGGGUUGUGGCGGGAAAUUUCUACUUCAUGUUUCAACACUGAUGACUGACAAUGAGAUCUCUGGCGGCAGUUGAGAGAGAGGGCUGAUGCAAAGCUGUUGGCUGUCAUGUCGGUGACUGUUUCUGGUUCAAUGAAAGUCUUUGAAGGCUUUGAUGAUGCUGUCGCUCACUGUGAGAACUUCAGGGAGGCUGUUGCAAGGCUCCAAAAAUUCGGUUAUGGUUGCUGCCUUUUCUUUUUACAGAGGUCAGUGUCUCCAAUGAUUGUUGCUUGCUCCGGAAGCCUUUUGAUGAUGACAGCAAGAUGCAAUAGUCUCUAAGCUUUGGCUUUAAGAUUCUGUGAAUGCCAUGACUUCACAGAAAGGCUUGCUCAAGGAACUGAAGUCAAUGAGGACCCUUCAAUACAACAAAUCUUGUGUGAUGAAGAUCACAAAUGCAAUUUGAAGGUGUUUGCAAGAUCUCAGUGAAGCUUGACUGGGUUCAAAGUAGUCAGUAAAGGCUUCCAAUAGUUUGAUGAAGCUUGUUGCUGUUGAUUACUGCUUCCGACAGCUUCGAUGGCCUUGACUGUGAAUCUGUGAUGGUGCGAUGGUUUGUGUUCUGAAUGACGUUGAUGGCUUGAUGGAUUGUUGGUGGAGAUGGCUUAUUUUCUGAAAUUUUCUGGAGAUUGCCAAGACUUCCUAAGAGCCCAUGUUUUUGUUGAGAAUUCUCAAUUCUGAAAAUUUAAGAAAACGCCUGGAAAGAUCAAGAAAUUUUGGCUCUGAAUACCAAUUGAAGCAGAGCCAUUGAAGAGAAGAUAGUUCUGAUACAAAUUGAUGUAGAAACAAAAGAAUAACAAGAACAGAACUCAAAACUUACUGGUGUUCCUUGUUUGUGGUUCUGCAUCAUAUUGCUUAGCCUUUCCUCUGGUCAAUAAAACGAAAAAGGAUAUUGCCUUGAGAAGUUUUAUGCUCCUUAACUCUACAGGUUACAUUGACAUUAAUCUAUCCAUCCUCCUCUAGGAUGGAGCCUAGGUACCUAACUGCCCACUACGAGGUGCUUCUACACUUUCAUUGUUAACUACCUUUUGUUUCAAUUUUGAAGUUUGCUAAAUUUACAUUUCGUAUGUUCACUUUUAAUUUACUUAUCUUAAGACUUCUUUAUUCAAGUUACUAAAUUACUGGAUAAUACUGUCAAGACAACAUUCAUGCUAAAAGAGAACAAAAUCAGGUCUUUUACCUAAUUUUCAAUGAUCUAAUCAAGAUUAAGAAAGUCAUCUUCAUCAUUUAUAGUUCUCGUCAUCUUCCUCAUCAGUUCCCUCUAAUUGACUUCUUUAACCAAAAAUGGCUGUGAACUAGAAGUUGAAGUGGGUACUCCGGUUGUUGCAUUGUCUCCUUAAUUUGCUACUACUAUUAAAUCUAGACUCUUCAACUCUAGCUAUAUUAGCAACAAACACCCCAUGUCAAAAAAUCAUGACCAAAUAUUUAAUCAUUCUCUUCUACAGCACUCCAAGAUGUUUGUAUAACAGAUGGUGUGUUUUGGUGUAUUAGGGUAUACAUUAAAUCUUAACAACUUUUUUUCACUGUAAAACAGUAAAAAAUUAGAGUACCCUUUACCCUUAACAAAAAGGCAUGUGCCUUUAGAGCUUAAGCUGCAGUUUUUAUCAUUUGCACUUUGCUUUGACAAGAGAAGGCAUUAGAACUGUGUUUUGUUUUUUUUUUUGCUUAAUCUCUUUAGUGCCCUCUUAACAAUACUGUAAAAUAAUAUCCUUCAAGUUGUAAGCUUACUGAUUUAUAUAUGUGCAUCAACUUCUUCAUAUCAAGCUUCAAGGCGGUAGCUUACUAGGUAGGCGGUAGCUUAC